CCGAAAUUGUGUUAGGAAUCUCUCUUGGCCAUCGAAACAUCGACCUCACUUUUGUCGCCCUUGUCUGGAUUCUUGAGCGAGGAUAACCCGGCGGGCCUCAUUAUGACUUCGGACACGUCGGAUCUGGACCGUCAAAUCGAACAGCUGCGGCGCUGCGAAAUCAUCAAAGAGUGCGAGGUCAAGGCCUUGUGCUCAAAGGCCAGGGAGAUCCUCGUCGAGGAGUCCAACGUCCAGCGCGUCGAUUCACCCGUCACAGUAUGCGGCGAUAUUCACGGACAGUUUUACGACCUCAAGGAGUUGUUCAAAGUGGGCGGUAAUGUGCCCGACACCAAUUACCUUUUCAUGGGCGAUUUUGUCGACCGGGGCUUUUAUUCCGUCGAAACGUUUCUCCUCCUUUUAGCAUUAAAGGUGCGAUAUCCCGACCGCAUCACCCUUAUUCGCGGUAAUCAUGAAUCCCGUCAAAUUACGCAGGUCUACGGAUUCUACGAUGAAUGCUUGCGCAAGUACGGCACCAUCACCGUAUGGCGCUAUUGCACGGAAAUUUUCGACUAUCUCAGCCUUUCGGCUAUCAUAGAUGGCAAGAUUUUCUGCGUCCACGGGGGACUUUCACCAAGCAUUCAGAGUUUGGACCAAAUCCGCACCAUUGAUCGUAAGCAGGAAGUGCCCCACGACGGUCCCAUGUGCGAUCUACUUUGGUCCGAUCCCGAGGACACUCAAGGGUGGGGCGUGAGUCCGCGAGGAGCCGGGUAUCUCUUCGGCUCGGACGUCGUGGCUCAAUUUAACCAGGCUAAUGAUAUUGAGAUGAUAUGUCGCGCUCACCAGUUGGUGAUGGAAGGCUAUAAGUGGCAUUUUAACGCCACCGUCUUGACCGUUUGGUCGGCGCCAAAUUACUGCUAUCGGUGUGGCAACGUGGCCGCUAUUCUGGAAUUGGACGAAGAGCUCUGUCGCGGAUUUACGAUAUUUGAGGCCGCACCUCAAGAGAGCCGCGGGAUUCCGUGUAAGAAGCCUCAGGCAGACUACUUCCUGUGAUUUUUUCCGGAUCUCGCGGCCAUAAUAUACCAACUUUGUUCUGGAUCUCCUUCAAUUCAUCCUCGUGUUCUGAAGGAUACAUCAUUGUGAACGCUUCCCAUGAAAUGCCCAUUUCAUAUAUCCUGACGAAUAAAUUGUACUGUCUCGUA